AGCAUCAGCACCAGUUCAAACACACAUACAUUGCACGCCAAGCUAGCACUCGCGCACAGCACAGCAUGGCUGUCUCCGCGCGCAGCGCGGCCUUCGCCACGGCAGCCUCCUUGGCCGUGUACUGGCUCCUUACAUCGUUCCUCCACGCACCGCACCCCGCGCUGCUGCCGGCAGCGGCCGCCCUCGUCGCCGUCGCCAUCGCAGCGGGAGCGGGUCGGAAGCGUGGCGGCGCCGGCGCCCCUCCCGGCCCCGCGGCCGUGCCGGUGUUCGGCAACUGGCUGCAGGUGGGCAACGACCUCAACCACCGCUUCCUAGCGCGGCUGUCGGCGCGGUACGGCCCCGUGUUCCGGCUGCGGCUGGGCGUGCGUAACCUGGUGGUGGUGUCAGACCCUCAGCUGGCCACGGAGGUGCUCCACACGCAGGGCGUGGAGUUCGGCUCCCGCCCGCGGAACGUCGUGUUCGACAUCUUCACGGCCAACGGCGCCGACAUGGUCUUCACCGAGUACGGCGACCACUGGCGCCGCAUGCGCCGCGUCAUGACGCUGCCCUUCUUCACGGCGCGGGUCGUGCAGCAGUACCGCUCCAUGUGGGAGGCCGAGAUGGACGACGUGGUGUCCGACCUGCGCGGCGACUCCGCCGCCCGCGGGGCCGGCGUCGUGGUGCGCCGCCGGCUGCAGCUCAUGCUCUACAACAUCAUGUACCGCAUGAUGUUCGACGCCCGGUUCGAGUCCGUGGACGACCCAAUGUUCGUGGAGGCCACCAAGUUCAACUCGGAGCGCAGCCGCCUGGCGCAGAGCUUCGACUACAACUACGGCGACUUCAUCCCCAUCCUCAGGCCCUUCCUGCGUGGCUACCUCAACAAGUGCAGGGACCUGCAGACCAGGAGGCUGGCCUUCUUCAACGCCAACUACGUCGAGAAGAGAAGGAAGGUGAUGGACACACCAGGAGACAAAAACAAGCUCCGAUGCGCGAUCGACCACAUCCUCGCAGCAGAGAAGAGCGGCGAGAUCACGCCGGAGAACGUGAUCUACAUCGUGGAGAACAUCAACGUUGCCGCCAUCGAGACGACGCUAUGGUCCAUCGAAUGGGCGCUCGCCGAGGUGGUGAACCACCCGGAAGUGCAGCGCAAGGUCCGCGGCGAGAUCAGGGACGUGCUCGGCGACGACGAGCCCAUCACCGAGUCCAAUAUCAGCAAGCUGCCGUACCUGCAGGCCGUGAUCAAGGAGACGCUGCGGCUGCACUCCCCGAUCCCGCUCCUCGUCCCCCACAUGAACCUGGAGGAGGCCAGCCUCGGCGGCUACACCAUUCCCAAGGGCUCCAAGGUGGUGGUCAACGCCUGGUGGCUGGCCAACAACCCGGAGCUAUGGGAGAAGCCGGAGGAAUUCAGGCCGGAGAGGUUCUUGGGCGAGGAGAGCAACGUGGACACCACGGUCGGCGGCGGCAAGGUGGACUUCCGGUUCCUCCCGUUCGGCGUGGGCCGGCGAAGCUGCCCCGGCAUCAUCCUGGCGCUGCCCAUCCUGGCGCUCAUCGUGGGGAAGCUGGUGAGGAGCUUCGAGAUGGUGCCCCCGCCAGGCGUGGACAAGCUCGACGUGAGCGAGAAAGGCGGGCAGUUCAGCCUGCACAUCGCCAACCAUUCCGUCGUCGCCUUCCACCCCAUCGUCUCACCAUGACCAAUUACUUCAACCGAAAAGCCUACACGGCUACACGGCUACACGCACAAUUACUCUUCUCGGGUUACAAAUAUGUCUAGAACUCAGUCGAGUCGACUGAUGUCAGCGUUCUGCAGAUGCUCCGUUUGAUUUCCUUGUUGUUCCUUCGUUUCCCUUUGGGCUUGUUUAACGUGUACAGGGCUUUCUUUUUGUCUUUUUUUUCUUGUCUUGUUUGUUGGGCUUUUUUUUCUUGCUUGUACGUGGGCAGCCUCCUAUUGUUUUUUGUUCUCUUUCUUUUAGAUUUUUUUUUUGUUUGUAUUUGGGCUGUCAAAUAUAUGGGUGUCUGUGUCAGCUCUCCUA